AUGGCUUUUAAGAUACCGAGUGACUUCAAGUUCCCGGAACAAGCCACGUUCGAUGGAACCGGCGAUCCCCGUGAGCAUUUGUUGAGCUAUCAGGCUAAGAUGCAGGUUUUGGGGGUACGAGAUCCGGUCAUGUGUCGCGCUUUCUUACCCACGUUGAAGGGGUCGGCACAAAGGUGGCUGGUGGCGCAGCCCUCAGGGUCGAUUCACAACUUUGAAGAGCUGGCAGACCGCUUCAUGAGCCAUUACGCCGCUAAUAUCAAGCCACAAAAGGACCUAACUCACUUGGGUGACAUCCGUCAAGACGAAGGCGAAUCUUUGAAAACCUAUCUGGCCCGCUGGCAGAGAGAAAUCCAAUCCAUAGAGGAGGUCGAGGACCAGACGGCACUCACCUUCUUCAUCGAGUCGCUGCGGUCCGGCCAGCUGUACCGAAACUUGAGGGACAAUCGUCCGGCCACCUACGCAGAAGCCAUUCAUAUGGCCAACAAGAGGGCCAAUACGGAGUAG